CCACACGUGGUUAAACAACAUGGCGGCGCCCUGUUGACUGUAGAGAGUAGUAGUGUUUGAAACAGGUAUGUUCAGUCAUUUAAUCAUCGUCUGUUCUCCAGCUGAAUGUUACCGAGGACUUUAUUAGACCGGAAACAGGAAACUGUCAUAGAUUGAAGCGAGUUGACGAACCGGGUUUUCUCUAAACUAGAAAACCGAAACUUCACUUUAUGUUUUAUGUUAAUUAACUCUUUCUCUUAAUUUUUAAAACCUCUGUGUGAUUGUUAGUAUUCUCAUUUAGCCCUUUAACAGCGAACUACAGCGAAGUAAAUGACAAACUGACGUAUUUUGAUACUUUAAUCUUACUUUUUAAAUUAAUCGAUAUGGAAGUUUUCUGUAACGAUGAUUGAAAACCAAGACUGUCUCCUUAGACAGAAAGAUGGCGGAUGUGAGUGAUACCCCUCCCUCAAAGGAGGAGACACCUGUCUUCCCUCAGAAGGAGACACCUGACCUCCCUCAGGAUGCUGGGAAGUCUGAUGGGAAAGCUGAAGGCGGGAGCGAAGCGGCCUCUGACCCCAGCAUGUACCGCUACAUAAAAAACGACCUCUUCACAUCUGAGAUCUUCAAAGUGGAGAUCAGGAAUCUCCCAAAGUUCAUCGGCUUCAACGACCUGAAGAAGUUCCUGUCCAAACAUGGCCUCAACCCGCACAAAAUCAAGCUGUUCGGCAAGCAGACCUUCGCUUUCGUCACCUUCAAGAACGAGGAGGAGCGAGACAAGGCGAUGAAGAUGGUGCACGGCGUGCAGUGGAAGGGCCAGGUGCUGAGCGUCAGGCUGGCCAAACCCAAAGCGGACCCCAUCCUGAGGAAGAGGAGGCAGGACGAAGGAGAGGGCGCGGGAGGGCAGCCUCCAUCUAAGCGAGCAGAGGGGAAGGAGGAGGAGGAGGAGGAAGAGGAGGAGGCGCUCAGUGUGCAGAUAGCAAACGUGGUGACUCCUCUGUGGAACGUGCCUUAUGAGGAGCAGCUGAAGAGGAAGGAGCAGCAGGUGGUGGGCGUGCUGCAGACGCUGGCAAAAGAGAUCGGCAGCACCAACAAAGCCAUGUUGCCGUGGCUGUUUGCUCAGAAAGGAAAGUACAACAGAAUGUGUUGUCCUCUGGAAGCUAUCCGGCCUUCUCCUACGCUGACAGAAUACAGAAACAAGUGCGAGUUCCUCAUCUCCAUGGGAGCAGAUGGCGAGGAUAAGACCAUCGGGUUCCGCCUGGGGAAAUAUAAAGGCGGCUCCUGUGCCGUGGUUGGGCCGGCCGACACGAGUCAUGUCUCAGCGGAGGCGAAGAGAGUGGUCAGCCAGUUUCAGAAGUUCAUCAGGACGACGCCGUACUCCAUGUACAGUCCUGAAACGUAUGAAGGACACUGGAAGCAGCUGACUGUGCGGACCACCAGGACCAAACAAGCCAUGGCUGUAGCUUUCUUCAACCCACAGAAACUUGAGGAAGAGGAGAUCACAGCAUUGAAGAGCUCCAUGAGGGACUACUUCACAGACGGAGAGGGGAAAGACAGCGGAGUCACCUCUCUUUACUUUGUCAGAGAGGGUCAGAGGACUUCUCCUAACCUGGAGGACCUGCCCUGUGAGCUGGUGUCUGGUGAGAGCAGCAUUCACGAGGAGCUUCUGGGUCUGAAGUUCAGGAUUUCUCCUCAUUCCUUCUUCCAGGUGAACACGGGUGCUGCAGAGGUGCUGUACUCUGCCGUGGGGGAGUGGGCUCAGCUGGAUCAGGACAGCACUGUGCUGGACGUGUGCUGUGGGACCGGGACCAUCGGCAUCUCUCUGGCUAAGCGGGUGAAGAAGGUGAUUGGGAUUGAGAUGUGUCAGGAGGCGGUCGAGGACGCCAAAGUGAACGCAAAACUCAACGGUCUGAGUAACGUGGAGUUUCACUGCGGUAAAGCGGAGGACGUUUUCCCCAACAUCCUGAAUGCUCUCGUGUCUCCAAACAUCACGGCCAUCGUGGAUCCUCCGAGGGCCGGUCUACAUUCCAAAGUGGUUCUCGCCAUCAGGAGGGCGGAACACCUGAAGCGGCUGGUGUACGUGGCGUGCAACGCUAAAGCCGCCAUGAACAACUUCAUCGAUUUGUGCAGAGCGCCAUCCAACAGGGUUCACGGCGCCCCGUUCCGCCCCGUGCGAGCCAUGGCGGUGGAUCUGUUCCCUCAGACCAUGCACGUGGAGAUGCUUCUGCUGCUGGAGAGAGUGGACUACACUUCCCAGCAGCAACCAGCCACCGCCUCCAAGGAAGAAACGGCAUCUUAGUCGCAGAAAACAGGCGCUUUCUUUAACCCUAUGCACUCUUUAUCAGUACGGCGAGCAGCCCAGGAAACAUUAACUUUAAUAAUGACAUCGUUUAGUCAAGUCUCUGCGAGGCCGACUCAUCUUAAAGGGCCAGCGCGCCUAACUCUUCCACUCUCCUGUAUUUCUGUUAUUUCAUAACAGUGUUUGACAUAGCUUCAUCAACUGUAAUCUUUUGCUUUUUUAGUUGACUGAAAAAGUAUUUCAAUGUAUGAAAUACAUCGACAUGUUUCCUUUUGAAGGAAGACGAUGAAGCGAUCGUUAAAAGAUUCAGUUAGUGCCAUUACUUUGUAUUGG